UCUGCCGCGAGUGCGGGCGGAGGGACGGGUCGGCUCCGCGCAGCGCCGCGCACCGCGGGGGUCUCGCUGCUGAGGCGCGGGAACAAAAAAAGAAAAACACCCCAAAAAAGCCAAACUUGCUCAGCUUGUCCUCUAGGCGCUCCCUGCUGCAGGAUGAAUUAGGAAGGCAAGGCCUCUUCCUCUGAACCAUGGAGACAAGGGCGUCUUUCAUCGCCACCAUGCGAGAGACCCAGCAUCUCUCCCCAGAGAAGGGCCAGAGCCCGGCCAACGGCAGCAGGGAGCAGUUUGAUUCAGACGACGGCUCCAGCAUUGAGGAUGCAGACUUCAACUGGGACGAGUUCCUGGAGGAAACAGGAGCCAGCGCUGCUCCCCACACCUCCUUCAAACACGUUGAAAUCAGCCUUCAAAGCAGUUUCCAACCAGGGAUGAAGUUAGAAGUGGCCAACAAGAGCAAUCCAGACACAUACUGGGUGGCUACGAUCAUUACAACAUGUGGACAGCUCUUACUGCUUCGUUACUGUGGCUAUGGAGAUGACCGCAGGGCAGAUUUCUGGUGUGACGUGAUGACAGCAGAUCUUCACCCGGUUGGCUGGUGUACACAGAAUAACAAGGUCCUGAUGCCUCCAGAUGCAAUCAAAGAGAAAUACAUGGACUGGACGGAGUUUCUCAUACACGAUUUAACCGGCGCCCGGACUGCACCUGCAAAUUUACUGGAAGGCCCUCUGCGAGGAAAAAACCCUGUAGACCUCAUUACAGUUGAUUCCUUAAUAGAGCUGCAGGAUUCCCAGAAUCCCUUUCAGUACUGGAUAGUUAGUGUGGUUGAAAAUGUUGGAGGAAGAUUACGCCUUCGCUAUGUGGGAUUGGAGGAGACUGAAUCCUAUGACCAGUGGUUGUUUUACUUGGAUUGCAGACUUCGACCAGUCGGUUGGUGUCAAGAGAAUAAAUACAGAAUGGACCCACCUGCAGAUAUCUAUUCUCUGAAGACUAUAUCUGAGUGGAAAUGCGCUCUGGAAAAAUCCCUUAAUGAUGCAGCAAAUUUUCCUCUUCCAAUGGAAGUGUUCAAGGAUCAUGCUGAUUUGCGAAACCACUUCUUCACUGUGGGGAUGAAGCUGGAGGUGGUGAAUAUGAGGGAGCCAUUUCAUAUCUGUCCUGCAUCAGUGACCAAGGUUUUUAGCAAUCAUUAUUUACAAGUGACCAUUGAUGACUUGAGACCUGAACCCAGCAAAAUCUCAAUGCUUUGCCAUGCGGAUUCCUUAGGGAUCUUGCCAAUACAGUGGUGCCUUAAAAACGGAGUCAAUCUCACACCUCCCAAGGGUUACUCUGGCCAGGACUUUGACUGGGCAGACUACCAGAAGCAGUGUGGAGCGGAGGCAGCGCCUCACCUGUGCUUUAAAAAUACAUCCUUCAGCCGUGGCUUUACCAAGAACAUGAAGCUGGAGGCAGUGAACCCCUGGAACCCUGCAGAGAUAUGUGUCGCUUCUAUCACCUCAGUUAAAGGACGGUUAAUGUGGCUUCACCUUGAAGGUUUACAGAUGCCCUCCCCAGAGUACAUAGUUGAUGUAGAGUCUAUGGACAUUUUCCCCGUGGGCUGGUGUGAAGCGAAUGCUUAUAACCUAACUCCACCACACAAAGCUGUUUUGCGAAGGAAGAGAAGAAUUGCAGUUGUGCAACCCGAAAAGCAGUUACCUUCCACAGUGCCUGUUGAGAAAAUACCUCAUGACCUCUGCCCCGUUCCUCAGCCAGACACAACAGGCACCAUCAAUGGGAGAUACUGCUGCCCCCAGCUCUACAUCAACCACCGCUGCUUCUCAGGUCCAUAUUUAAACAAAGGCAGAAUAGCAGAGCUACCUCAGUCUGUCGGACCUGGCAAGUGCGUGCUGGUCCUUAAAGAGGUUCUCAGCAUGGUGAUCAAUGCAGCUUACAAGCCAGGGAGUGUUUUACGAGAACUGCAGCUAGUGGAAGACCCUCAGUGGAAUUUCCAAGAGGAAACACUUAAAGCAAAAUACAGAGGGAAGACAUACAGGGCGACUGUUAAGAUUGUGCGGACGUCGGAUCAGGUAGCGGAUUUCUGCAGAAGAGUCUGUGCAAAGUUGGAGUGCUGCCCCAACUUGUUCAGUCCUGUGCUGGUGGCUGAAGUCUGCCCAGAAAACUGCUCCAUUCAUACUAAAACCAAGUACACGUAUUAUUAUGGGAAGAGGAAAAAAAUCAUUAAGCCACCAAUUGGGGAAAAUAACAACCUGAAAAGUGGACAUGUCAAGCCAGCCAGACGCAGAAAGAGGCGGAAAUCCAUCUUUGUGCAGAAAAAAAGGAGAUCGUCAGCUGUCGAUUUGAAUGCUGCGGGCUCUGCAGAGGAGAGUGAGGAUGACGAGCCAGAUGCGAUAGAGGAUGAGACGGGAAGCGAGGAAACCAGCUCAGAGCUCCGGGAUGACCAGACGGAUACCUCCUCCGCUGAGGUCCCCUCUGCCAGGCCCCGGCGAGCGGUCACCUUGCGGAGCAGCACUGAGUUGGAAAGACCUCCUCCCAUGGAGAGAGCCCGACGGAGCCGGAGACCGCAGCCCCACUCCUGCGGUGAGGUGGAGAAGUGCCCGCAGGUCAAGGAAGAAGUUAAGCAAGAAGAGGAAGAGAAACUCAUCCUGGACAGUAACCCGUUGGAGUGGACCGUGACUGAUGUCGUGAGGUUUAUUAAACUGACUGACUGUGCACCUCUUGCCAAAAUAUUUCAGGAGCAGGACAUCGACGGCCAAGCCCUUCUGUUACUGACACUGCCCACGGUGCAGGAGUGCAUGGAGCUGAAGCUUGGGCCAGCCAUCAAACUGUGUCACCAGAUUGAGCGAGUAAAAGUUGCUUUCUAUGCACAAUAUGCCAACUGACUGCACUUCUCGAUUUCUUUCUGUUCUCCUUCUUGUUCCUUCUCUUUUUUAACAUUUCAACUUGUUCAAGGUUUUUUUUCCCCAGUCCCUUCUCUUUUCCAAGAACACAUGGAAUUGGAAGCACUGGAAGUUAAUCUAUAGGGAAGAAAAAAAAAAAGCGACCCCCACACCAGAAAACUAGUAACAAAUUGAACUGAUUUUUCUGUACUUGUAAAGCACAUCAAAAGACUGCUGGCACCUCUCCUGCUGAGCCUCGCCAAGCCGUUACACAGUGGUGCAAGGCCAACAUGGAUCAGAUGGUUUGUCAUUCAUUAAAACAAAGCUACCGAUGGCAGACACAUUCCCAAGGAGAAGGGUCAGACAUUUCCAGAUGAUGAUGAUGUUUUUUCUAGGCCAGUUUCUGGAUGUGAACAUUUCUUUUAUCCAAGUCUGACACACUUCCUUCAUAUUGAAAUGUAAGCGACCAUUUGUAGCAUCACCUGGGGUUUACUGCAAAUCUGAUCUUAGUGAUCAUUGGGCUUUUUUUUUCUCCCGCCUCUCCAAUCGUACAAAAGGAAAAAGUGUUAUAUCAGUUAUAGACUGUUAUUCCUGAGUAAUUUAUGAACAGGACUCAUCCCACAGUCUCUACGGUAUCAGACAAAGCUGCAGUGAACUGACAGGGGUGCAACAAGACCAAGUGCGCGGUAAUGUGUCCUGAGCUGUGCUGGCUGUGCACAAUAAGCUAAAUGUGUCUGUGAUGGGAUCUGAACAGUGCUGCAUUCAUGUUCAGAAACAUGCAUGAAAGCAUACAUAGUCAAGCCCAUCCUCUUAAAUCCAAGUCACUUGAAAGACCCGACUUGGAGCCCCACAGGGUGGGGGAAAAAAAAAAAAAAAAAGACUAUUCAGAUUUAAUGAUAAGACUGUUGAGUGAAUGCUGGUUUCAUUUGUACCUUCAUGAAGCUGGUUGCUAGGUGGGAAUAAAAAGCAUCAAUCUUUACAGGCUGUUUACGCCAUGGUGCUUUAGACCAGCUGAGGAUCUGGCCCAAUGCAGUCUACAUAAAGCCCCCAAUGUUGAGCCUGAAUUUGCUGUAACUCAGCAAGGUUGGAGGCAUUGCAGGGAUGUAAAAUUAUCCCAAAAGCAAGAUCCAAACUGGGACCAGACCAUGUCUGAAUUUUGCUCUGACUUUAAGGUGCAAGUGAAUCCAUCCUUCAGAAGGUGAAUCAAGUGGGUUGUGCUGAGCUUUAGCCUGAUUUCAUAGGAAGCCAUUGACUUUGGCAGACUUUUGUUCUCAAACCAUGAACAGACCCCUGUUCCCUGGCCUCAGGGAGCUCAGCCUAGAAAUUGCACACAGCUCUGUUACCAUGCUGCGAUGCCAAAGCCUACUCAGUGAAGACCUCUUCAAAAAGAAAUGUAAUUUCUAGCCCUAAAUCUGAGGCCAGUGUUAGUGGCCAGAAAACCCCCACCUCAAGCACAUACCAUAUGGGGACAGAAAACUUGGAUCAGAUAAUCGUGCUGACCACCAUGAGCUCAGAAGAACCUAUUGACCAAUACCAGGCUAUAGCUGCUGCUUUCUCCUUCAUCAGUUUCCUUAAAUUCUUUGGAUUAGUGGGGGAAAGCCUCAGAAAUAAAUAUUUGGGACUAUAUGUGAAUCUGCCCUAGAGCAUGUGUUAGGCAAGAAGUAUUGACUCUGUUUGCCAUGCAUUGCUGAGGAGUUUCUAGUCUGUCUUUCAGUGAGUUUCCUCAUUUGCCACUGAGGAGUGUGGUGGGUUCGGGCACUGCAGGCUGGGCCAGAUCCUGCCAGCUCCUGAGACUUCAUUAGAAUUUUUCUUACAUAGGAGAUCGGUAGGACUGGAUCUGUGUUCAGCUGUUCGUACUGAAGAUCUUGUUCAACUUCUCAUCAACUGAAGGGAAGAGCAGUCACCUCUGCAUCAAGUAAUUUUCUUUUGUUUCUCAGAAAUCCAGGAACAGGGUUCUGUAGUGGUGCAGACAUUCAGAAACUGGGUUUUAGACUGAAUUUCGUGCUGAUGGUAGCAGUGGACUGUGUCCAUGCAACUGCUUUGAUAACUGCUUUGGAUCUCCCGUAGGGUCCUCUAAAAACAUUGCUCCUUGUUUCGUCUCUGAAGACAGAAGGAUUGUGCCCAGCAGAAUGAGAGCACAGCUGAGAAAAACACGGAGGGUGCUUCUCCCAGCUUUUCCUUCCUCCAGCCCAGUCUCUCUGACGGCUGGUAAACAUCUUCUAGCAGGAGACAGUUUCCAAAAGACUACUGUCAGGAGAACUGGCAUAUGAGGACAUUUCAAGGAAGGGAAGCAGAAUGUCUGUUUGCUAAACAGCAUCCCUGCACCGAUCCUUUACUUACUGCAUCCACCUUCUUCUGAGCAUCCUUUUCUGCUCUGACGUUUUUGGAAUUUCUGGCCACUGGGAUAUGUCAGACGUUUAAUGCUUCCUGGGACGUGUUGCAAAAAUGUCAUUGUUUUCUCCAUCAGCCUUGUUACUGUAGAUAAUCGUAUGGCAGCUAACUCCUGGAGGCACGGUCGGGGAGCAGACAGCCACAGACUGAGAGCCACCCGCUCUGAUGCUGGCCAAGCAGGUGACGGGUGAAGCAUUGAGUCCAAGUCACGGGAGUCUUUACUGACUGUUCAGGGAAGUUUAACCGUAUUUAAAACUCGCCUAUUAAACAAAAAAAAAACAUUUUCAUUUUAUCUUGCACCGGCUCUUUUUAUUUCCUCAGGUUUCUCUCUCCUCACCAUUCAUCUUUCAAAUUACUGUUCUUCAUUGUUGUCUCAUUUAUUGUUCUGUGUCCUUUUGGAGAAGAUGAUAACCUGAAAUCUCUAUCCUAGAACUGCCUUGGGUGGAAAAUGCUUUAUUAUUUCUUUAAGUCUUCAGGUUGGGAAGAACUAGGGGAUUGGGCUACUGUUGUCUGCUGCAGUGAUUGUCUUCCAGAAAAGCUGGAGCUGAACUUCUUAGACAAUUUCUUGAGAAAGCAGAAAAUGGACAGUGUGUAGUUUAACUGGAGAGUAUGCUCAGAUUGUCACUUGCAGCUUUAGCAGAGAUCAGAAGGAAUUACUUUUGCCUGGACUUCAUUUCAGUUCUGGAACAUUAACGAGGCUCUAGAGUAAUGUACUUCAAAGGAAGUACUUCAAAUUGGAAACCAAAUCUUGGUAAAAUAUCACUUUAUUUUGCAGCAUAGAAGUAUAAGCCACUGGAAUGUUUUAUUUUCCUUUUUUGGUCCAGCUCUUGUUCUUAGUUAAAUUCAGAGCUGGUGCAACUUCACUGAUACACCGAUGACACUGGAGAAGCCACAUCUUCUCCUUCCCUGUUCUGAAUGUGGCGUUCAGGCCUGAAAUUUAUUGUGUUAGCUACAAAAGGCCACCACUGUGAAGUUCUGAACUCAUGUUUAUCCAGGGCCAUUAUCAAGGGCUGAGGAGCAACCCUGCUGUUGUUGCUUUUGGGCUGUUGGAUGCAGCACAUCAUUCCCAUGGACCAUUUUUGUCCCACAAGAAGGGUGUGCAGGCAACUGUUACUAGCUACUCUUCAGGCAGGACCAGGGACGGGCAUUCCUGGAGCAAAAGUAGGGGGUUGAAGAGUGUGGUACAUGCUUAUCUUCAUCUUCACUGGCUUCUUUUGAGCUUGCACUCGGUCAGACUGAACAGAUCCACAGGCAGGUCCCUGCCAUUUCCCAACCUCCUUAGCACUUCCCUUGACAGAAUUAGACAAUUCCCAGUCUGCAGGCCCAAAGCACCAGUCUCUGAAAUUGAAUUAAAGCAUUAACUUAAGGGAAUGUCCAUGGUUCCCUGUCUGGUUGUCCUGCCUUCCUCCUGCUGUCAUGGAUGCUUCUCUCCCACCUUGAAGAAGAAUGCUCUCUUUAGUUUCAGAGCUCAUCUUCUUCCCUUUCCAGCUCGAAAACACAGCUCCCAUCCACACUCCCUUUUUUUUUCUCAGUGCCAGGAUGACCAAACCCUGGCUUUUUCUACCUCUCGGAGGUGUUAUGGCCUCUCAGCUCUGAGGAUUUCAGGGUCUUCAGCUACGCUGUGUUAACCAUAUGCAAUAGCCCUUGAUAGUUUUGUUCUGUAGGGUGCAGAAAACCUCCUAGAAAUGCUAUGUGCCCUCAGUAACCACUGAAAUCAGUGCAAAUGGUUAUACAAUUACUGCAGCAUCCAGCAGGUGCAUGUCCUGGCUGAGAUGGCCUGACCCCCAUUGUCAGAGGUAUUUGAAUGUUCGCUAGGAUUUGCAAAGUUUCUCAGAAGGUUAGACACCUAAACCCCAUUAAUAUUUCAGUCUGGGUAAACAGCUAAUUUGCCUUAAACUGGAAAGUCACAAUUCCUUGGCUUGUCCUUCAACCUUUUGCAGUCCCCAGUCAUGUGGUGUGGAGCAAACACCAUCUCAGCUCUAUGAAGGCAAAUCAGACACUGUUGUGCUGCCAUGAUCAACAUGUGGUCACCUGGAAAGCCUGCUUUUGUCUUUUCAGGGCACAGCAUUGAGUUUGGCAGAGCUUCAGUGCCAUCUCAGUGUUUUAGAAGCUCGGUACCAUCAGGGCACUUCAAAUACUUUUUGCUUUUCUGGUGCAGUGUGUCUAGAAAAUGAUGAACUCGGACUGUUCCUCCCAUUUACAAAUUCAAGUGCCAAAAGAGAAGAACAUGCUGCAACUGAGCACCAUUAAAACCAGCUUUAUUACAUGUGGAUAAAUAUAGUCUUAAGGGCUCUGUUUUGGUGCUAUGUAACGCUGUAUUUUCCAUUGGUGGGGAUUACAAAGCUGAUUCCCUCCUCCAGGAAAUAUUUUCUGUAUUUUGCAGUGUCUUAAGCUUAGGAUUUUAUUUUUUUCUUGUGGCUGUAGAUUUUUGAACUCAGAUACACUCAACAAAUAUCCCCUCUCCCCAGUCAUGUGAGUUUUGGAGAAGUUUUAUACAGUAUAAUUAUUUUAAAACUGUUUCAAAAUGUGCGUGCAUGUGUAUUUUCCCCUCAGUAAUACUCUUCAUCACAUCAGCUGAUGCAGAACUAAGGAUAUCUGUUACUCAGGAUUUGAUCCAGAAGUAACUGAGGUUAGUGGAAGGGCCCUCGCAGAUGUGUGGGCUGUGGGACAAAGUCUUCACCAAAUUUUUUCACUUAGAAGUCAAAAAGUGUGCAGUUAGUUAACAUAAAAUGUAAACCCCUCCUUCUUCUGGCAGGCAGAAAUCCAACUGAAAUCUGCUAGACUUAACAAGAGAGGGCUCGUGUCCUAAGGUGCUCAUGAACUCCCAGUAAAGGAGCAGAAGCAUUUAAUAUUCUCAUUUAUUCUUUGGUACAAUACUCCAGCAAGAAGUACGAAUGAUCUUAAUGACUGAAUUUAGAAUAUGUGACAGUCAUCAAAAGAUGAGCUUUACAGCCCGCUAGUCCUUUAAAUGUCAGCUGUCCUGCAGAAGAGUGGUUUUGCAAUAGUUUGGUGCGACGUACUGGAAUUCUCUUGCAGAAGACAUGUGAAAUGCACACAAAACCAACAUAGGUCAUAGUUCUAAAUACUCACGUUUUUUCUCUUGUUCUAGUCUUUUAUAUUAAUUCUUACUUUGAGAAAGGUCUCAUGUUCAUGAUUUAAAACUCCAGCAUCUGUAAUGGCCCAUGGCACCACGUACCAGCAGAACAUGUCUUUAUCCAUCAUAACACUAUAGAUGAGCAUGGGGGUGUUCUGUUGACAAGCAGUUAGGUCGGGUGAGACAAGGAGACCUUGCUUCAACACCUUGUUGAAGGAGUCAUCUGUGCAGCCUGAAGGGCAGGUGUUCCCCACAGCUCACUGUGGCAGGACAGAUGUUUCCAGUGACAAUAUUGCUGGAUAGGUCUCGUAGCCCAAGCAGCCUUAUGCAGCAGGUCAGUUACCAUGUGGCUACCUACCCACAGAUGUUCCUGGUCUUGAUGACCACCAAGGAUGUGUGUCUGGGGGGUUGGGUUUCAGGGAAGGAUAGAGGUUGGAGUUCUGGGCUUGAGAGAGUCUUCGUGAAGGGGGACCUCUCACAGCAGAGGAGCAUAGCCAUGGUCCAUAAGCAUCAUUCCUGAAGGCUUCUCUGAGACCUUUUUCAAAGCAAAGAUGCUUUGAGUCCCAGCAGGGGCCAGGUGAGAGGAAGUAAAGAAGUUGGCAAUACACCCACUAUUCAGCUAAAAUGCUGAAACGUUCGUAUUUUGUUUUCCCAGUGGAGAUAAAGAGAUUUGGCUAAGGUGGCUCCAGGCACUUUGGCUGGAGAGUAGGCAAAAUCAGUCUUUCUUCCUUCUGCCCAGCUUCUUUGUGUCUUCUGGGUUUAAGGCCUGAAGAACCUCCUCUUGCACCUCUCAGACCUCAGUCAGAAGCUAAAACUCCCCCACAGGAAAAGGUGACAUUGCCCUGGGUUCAGGUUGUGAGUCUAAAAAGCACUCUGCUCUGUAUUACCAUGUGACAGGUUGGAAAUGAUCUUUCCCGAGUCACUCCACCUGCUUGUUGCUGCUCCAGUCUCACCAGAGAUUAUGGAUGUUGCAUCUGCUUAUAAACUUACACAUUAAAUUUCCCAGUCCCUGUUCUGCCAGACAAGGUCAGGAUAUGAUGAUGUGAAGUCAUUCCAGCAGCCUUCACCUUCAGGGACCUGCUUGAUAGAAAACAUCCGGGGAACAGUAUUGUGACACUUCCAUGUAUGCAGGCAGGGAUGUCACGUACAGCCGGGCAUUUGCUGCAGUACGGUCCGCCAGAGAUGACAGUCCCAAGUGCAGGCUUUGAAGGGACUUGAGUCUUCUCAUGUACCAUGGUAGGACGAGGUAAAAAAUUAAAACCCUGCUGUCUCUUAUGGAACAACAGAAAUUAGCUUCAAAACCAGCAGUUACGGUCCAUUCGUGGUGAUGCACGUUGGAAACCUUUGAAUUGUUUUGCAUUCCAGUUUGUACCAGAGAUUUGAUUCAAACUUUAUGUAUAUAAUCCCUUUGGUGUGUUACAACAAUAUGUGUGUGUGUGUGUGUGUAUAUAUAUAUAUAUGUGUAUAUAUGUGUGUGUGUACAUGUAUGUGUAUAUAUAUACAUAUAAAUCAAUGCUGGUGUUUUUACUUUUUAAAGUUCACAGGGCAAAGGGCAUGUUGUUAGUUUGCUGUAAGAUUCUAUUCUGUAUAUAUGUUUUCAUGUAAAUAAGUGAAAAUCUAUAUUCAGAGUUAUAUUUUAAUUUUUAUUCAAAAUUAAAUAAAUCCCCUUUUUACUUGAAACAAUUGUAAGCCACGUUGUUAUUAAAGUAACAAUAAAUC